AUGGCCACACCCUCUGCGGGUCUCCUGGCUGCCGCCUUCAUCGGCAUUGUCCCCGGUUACAUCUCGCGUUCGGUCGCUGGUUCGUACGACAACGAGGCCAUUGCCAUCUUCCUCCUCAUGAUCACCUUCUUCACCUGGAUCAAGGCGCUCAAGACCGGCUCGGCGUUCUGGGGUACCGUCGCUGCGCUCUUCUACGGCUGGAUGGUCGCUGCCUGGGGUGGUUACGUCUUCAUCACCAACAUGGUGCCCCUCCACGUGUUCGUCCUGAUCCUCAUGGGCCGCUACAACAACCGCAUCUACGUCGCCUACUCGUCGUGGUACGUGCUCGGCACUGUGGCGUCGAUGCAGGUCCCCUUUGUCGAGUUCCUCCCCAUCCGUACGUCGGAAGGUAUGGCUGCGCUCGGCACGUUUGGCCUCAUCCAGCUGGUCGCCUUUGUCGAGAUCGUCCGCCGUCUUGUCCCCGGCAAGCAGUUCCAGUUCCUCGUCCGCGCCUUUGUCGUGUUCGUGUUCGUCGUCUCGUUUGCCGCCCUCGUGGUCCUGACCUUUUCGGGCUGGAUCGCUCCCUGGACUGGCCGUUUCUACUCGCUCUGGGACACUGGCUACGCCAAGGUUCACAUGCCCAUUAUCGCCUCGGUCUCGGAGCACCAGCCUACCGCGUGGCCCGCCUACUUCUUCGACCUCCAGAUGCUCAUCUUCAUCUUCCCCGCCGGUGUCUUCUGGUGCUUCCGCGAGCUCCGUGACGAGCACGUGUUCGUCAUCAUCUACGCCGUCUUUGCCGCGUACUUUUCCGGUGUCAUGGUCCGUCUCAUGCUUGUCCUUACCCCUGUGGUCUGUGUCUGCGCGGCCAUGGCCAUCUCCAAGCUCCUCGACACCUACAUGGACCCUGUCCUCCCUACCGAGGACGAGGACGACAGCCACGCCAAGUCCAAGAAGGCUUCGAAGAAGGCUGCCAACAAGGCUGCCAACGCGCCCGCGUUUGAGUUUACCGGUGUCCUGUCGGGCAAGAGCACCAACGGCAUCUUCAACUGGGACUCGCGCGUCGCCGUGAUUGGUGUCUUCCUCUUCCUCCUCACCCUGUUUGUGCACCACUGCACCUACGUCACCCAGUCGGCCUACUCGUCGCCCUCGGUUGUUCUCGCCUCGCGCAACCAGGACGGUAGCCAGAACAUUAUCGACGACUUCCGCGAGGCCUACUACUGGCUCCGCCAGAACACUGAAAAGGACGCCGUCGUCAUGUCGUGGUGGGACUAUGGCUACCAGAUUGCCGGCAUGGCCGACCGCGCCACCCUCGUCGACAACAACACGUGGAACAACACCCACAUUGCCACUGUCGGCCUGGCCAUGUCGUCCAACGAGGACAUUGCCUACCCGAUCCUGCGUCGCCACGACGUCGACUAUGUGCUCGUCAUCUUUGGUGGUCUCCUCGGCUACUCGGGUGACGACAUUAACAAGUUCCUCUGGAUGGUCCGUAUCGCCCAGGGCGAGUGGCCCGACCAGAUCCAGGAGCCCCGCUACUUUACGCCUCGUGGCGAGUACGCCGUCGACGACCGCGCCUCCGAGGCCAUGCGCAACUCGCUCAUGUACAAGAUGUGCUACCACCGCUUCCCCGAGCUGUACGGCGGCCACCCGGCCACGGACCGUGUCCGCCAGCAGCGCAUCCCCGAGCACGGCACCCACGAGCACCUCGAGACCAUUGAGGAGGCGUUCACCUCGGAGAACUGGAUUGUGCGCAUCUACGCCGUCAAGAAGGAGGACCCCUUUGGACGCAGCCUCAAGGCUGCCGGCGCGUUUGAGCGCGGCCAAAAGCUCCUUGCGGCCGCGUCGUCGCCCCAGCCAAAGCAGCCCCAGCAGCAGAGGCAAGGCGGUAGGAAGUAG